CAGAACAACUUCACAUUUACCCAGGUCUGAUACUCAAGGAUUGGAGUCCCUGAACUGUGUCUCAAGUAUUUAUUUCUUUGAAACCUUGGUACCAUCCAGAGAGCAUAGAAGAAAGCAGAGGAAGAAGAAAAGGACACUGGCCAAGGAGUCGUGGGAGAAGCGAGGCGGGCCCUUGGCAGUGCUGGGACCAGAUUUCAAGGGACUAAAUGCAUCCGGCAGAGGUGACAUUCUGUGCCCUGACCCACACUGUGAGGGAUGCUGGUGAAGGGAGCAUCUGGCCCUGAGGUGCUCUGCAGAGAUCACACCGCCCAAGGGGCACUGAAAGCCCCGCACUUCUUCAGGUCUGCUUCUGAGCCUGUGACUUACAGAACAAGACACUUCAACGGCACAGCUUUGGGGCACCGUUUUGGCAUAUCUCCUCAUGUCAGGUGAGCAUUUACAUAAACAGUGACAUCAGCCUGAGGAUCCAGCACCCUGCGUGACCUCUCAGGAGCCUCAGAAGUCACUUGGAGAGUGUAGCUAGCCAGAACCUCCCGAAGAGUCUGUCACAGCCUGAACUGUUCAAAGAUAGAAAGAAGACGCUGCAGAUAACAUCUGAAAGGAAGGAGACCGUCAUUGUGCUGGGCCUGAGAUGUAACGCUGUACAAAUUGUUUUUUUUUUUAUGCACCAGCCUCCCAAGCAGUUUCCAGAGAUGGAUUAUCUUACUUUCCUUUUGGCUAUUCUUCAUGUACAUAAAGCUCUAUGUGAAGAGACAUUUUGGGACACGACUAUUAAAUUUGCUGAGAAUAUGACUCUAGAAUGUAUGUACCCAUCAGUGGACAUUACCCAGGUGGAGUGGUUUAAGAUCCACGAUGUGCAGAAGUCCAUAGGCUUGCUCCACCCCAUUUACGGUGUGGUCAUCCAUGAGCCCUAUGACAAGAAGCUUCACCUUUUGAACUCAACGGCGGCUCCCAACACUGUGAUCCUCUCCUUUUAUAAUGCCUCUGAGACCGAUGUCGGCACCUAUUCCUGCUCUUUCCUGACUUACACACAUGGAACUUGGAAAAAGACAAUACGUGUGGUUCAGUCAGAUAGUUUUGAGACAGAUGCACCAUUGAAUUACCACAUCGUCUCAGAAUCUGGAAAAAAUGUCACACUCAACUGUCAGCUUCAGAUGGAUGGGCUGGUGCAUCAAGUCACCUGGGAAAAGAUCCAGCCCUAUCAGAUAGACCUCCUAACCUGCUGCAACUUGUCCCAAGGGAGGAGUUACACCUCAAAGUACCCCAGGCAAAUCCUUAGCAACUGCAGCCAGGGCAGCAGGAGCAGCUGGCUCCUCAUCCCGAACGCCACCGCCUCGGACUCCGGGCUGUACCGCUGCCGCUUCUCUGCCCGCUCUGGAGAAAAUGAAACCUUCGUGGCAAAACUGACCAUCACUGACGGCCAGUCACCAUGGAGCACCCAUCUCAUGGUACAGCGUGGUGACACGGAUGGAGCCAAGAUCACUAAUGCAGUCCUGAUGCCUUGUGGAGGUAAAGCUGAUAGCCAGUAUCUCCUCUUUGUGGCUGGAGGGGUAGUUCUCUUGUUUGUUGUGGCAAUCGUCAUCAUCAUCGUCAUUUCUUGUAACAGAAGGAGGAGGAGACAGAAGUCCACCCCAUUUAAAGAGUCCUGGGAUACAAAGAGUAAGGCAGCCAACAACUACAGAAGCCCCUUCUCCAUCACUCAACCCAUGGAAGACACAAGGGAGGACAUCUAUGUCAACUAUCCUACCUUCUCUCGAAGACCAAAACCUAGAGUCUAAGCUUUUCUCUUGAUAUCAGCUAACUAAUGAUGACUAUUAAAUACAUGGAUCUUUAUAAUUUCUUCCUACCACCCAAUGACUGUCUUGAUUCCAGUUGACUAAACUUCUUUCAUUGGUAGAGAAAACACUGCAUGACCUAGAGAACAUCCUGAACAGGAGUGCUUCAGGACACCCGAGUCAUGUUAGCUCAUACAUAAGGGAAACUUGCUGGAUCAAGCAACAGAGGAACAGGGGAGACCAGACUUGAGUGAGCGUUACUUACCAGGGCUCUAAUGUUGUGUCUAGAUUUAGACAUGGCCAUAAGCUGGUUCAGAUCCCCUCCCACAGCAGUGGAUGCACUUGUCUGGCUUUGGCCUAACUCCCAUGCUGGCUUUUCUGUGUGCUUUCAAGAUGGCAGCCAACCACUGAAGUCAUUUGUGACACUGUUUGCAUUGGAUGAAGUGUUUGUUUUUUUUUAACGCAGCAAACAUAUUCGAUUAUUUGCCUAUCAUCAAGCAGGCAUUGUGGUCAUUAAGGUGAGAUAGCUUACCUUAAUUAAGGGUUCACCUGUAAGAGCUGGAGGUGGGGACAAAGCACAUGAAGGGGCAAUUCAGGGUAUUAAAGAAGGAAAGGAACCCGGAAGCUGUGGUUGUUACUAAAUGUUGACUGCAAUGACAUUCCAAGACAUCUCUUACUAACCCACUAAAAAGUGAAACUAGAUUAGUUCUCUCUCUCUCCUCUCUUCUAGAAUCUUCUCUAUCAUCCAUAGUCCAGAAGAAUACCUGGCAGCACAAUGAAUGAAGUCAGAGAAAGAUACAUGUGACAGGGUUACCAUUUUCUUUUCUAAUAGAAAAUAAAUUUAUCUCUGAAUCUAUGUAGAAUUCUUGCCACCAUCCUGGGCCUAGCCUAAUGAGGAAGUGUGAUAGAGGGUCCAAGAAUAAACAAUGUAAAUACUUUUAAUAUUGAUUUUUUUUUCUUUUUGCUACCUUUGAGAAUUAUUUUUAAUAUCCAAAUUCUCUCAAAAUGGACAGGAACCUAGGCAUUAAGUUCUCUAAAAAUAGUUUUGUGUGAAACUUGAAUACAUGAAGAGAGAACAUGGUUGGAAGUGGUGCUAUAGGGUUGUAGGGUAGAAAUUUGAGCCUGGAGUCGGGAGAGUAUGGAGAGGAAAUAGGAAAGGAGGGAAAGUCAUCGGGGAAUAAAGUACAAAGGGAAAUGUGGGCUUCACAGUUUGGACAUCUACCCUCGUUUUUAUUAUCAUUGCUGAAAGAACUUCAUAUUUGGAUUCAUGAACUGUUUCCAUGAGUUUAUCAGCAUAACCCAGUGGAAAGGCCGUUCACCAGAAAACACUCUAGCAUCACGUUUAUCCAAGAUGCUAGGGCCAAAUCCCUGAGUUCACAUUGUGAACCCAUUUAGCACCAUUUAUAAAAUAAGCUCUUUCUUUUUCUCAAAAAGUUUAAAACGAUCUGGAAGAUUCUGAUAACCAAAUUCUCAUUGAUUAAUACUGGUGAGAAGUAAAACAUUUCUACAGUCUUAACACGAAGGACUAUAAAUCCCUUCAAAAGAAAAUAGCUACUGGGGUGACAGGCUUUCAUGAUGAACCACUUAUGUGUGCUAGCCCCCAGGAUAUCUGAAACUCAUCUCUGUCUCCCUAUUUUUUAAUUUUUUUAAAAUAUCACACUCAAAAUAUUCAUGGGCAGUAUUCACUCUGUCCUUUUCUUCUUUUCCAUGUGGUCUUGCUAUUCGGGAGUUGGGAACCUCCUGCCGCCUGCUGAAGUUCUCCACUGCCUCAGCUCUUGGGCUGAUGAGCUUCUUCCCCAUUUCCUUCUGGGACACCCUAGCCAGGCACUGUCCUUGCAGUCUCUGUAAUCUCUGUAAUGCCACACCUACGGCACCAGGUCUUUGAACUCUACCCUCCCCCCUUGCUUUUCCUCUAAUCUGUGCUUACUGACCUGGGAGUUACUAGGAAAAUAGAUCAAAACAGAUCCUCAGAGUACAGAUCAAGAUGGGAAUUAAACUAUAUUUGUGUUUUUAUUUUUUUUUGCAAGAUGCUGCUUUGGAAGCAAGAUGCAGUCUUAAGAUUUUUGUCUGUUUUACAUGUAUAAUUUAUACUGGUACAUAAUACAUCAUCAAAUAAAACCUAUGCUUCCUUUGAA